AUGGAUAUUGAAAUGGCUGACCUUCAUGAGAUCUCCACAUUGGGCUAUGGAACCUUUGGCAUCGUCCGGCUGGUUGAGCACCAUCCCUCAGGAGCCAGAUAUGCCUUGAAGUGUAUCAGUCGAACAGAGGCGGUGGCACGAAGGCAACAAACCAGCAUUUGCACUGAGCGGGAGAUUCUCACGGACGUGGAUCAUCCUUUCAUUCUGAAGCUUGUGCAGACUUUCAAAGAUCGCAGGAAUGUCUACUUCCUGACAGAGUUUGUCACAGGUGGCGAGCUCUUUGGUGCCAUUCGAUCCCUGGGGAUCCUCAAUGGCUCGCAAGCCAGGUUCUACACUGGCAGUCUAAUCCUUGCCCUUCAAGCACUCCAUGAAAAGAUGAUUAUCUACAGGGACUUGAAGCCCGAGAACGUUCUACUGGACAACUAUGGCUACAUCAAGCUGAUUGAUUUUGGUUGUGCUGCGCGUCUCAACAAAGGUGGCCACCGAAGUCUCGUCGGAACGCCUCAUUACAUGGCUCCUGAAGUGAUCCUGGGAAAGGAGUACAACUGCUCUUGUGAUGUCUGGUCCCUCGGCGUAUGUUUGUACGAGUUCGUUUGUGGCCCGUUGCCCUUUGGGCAAGACCUCGAAGAUCCCAAACAGGUCUUCCAGGAGAUUCUCUUGGCCAAAGUGUCGUUCCCCGAGCAUUUCACGAAUCUCACGGGCAAACACCUGCUGAGGUCGUUGCUGCGCAAGAACUCGCAGCUCCGUAUCGGGGGCGUGAAUGGCCUUCAAGACGUGUCCUGGGUACCCAGCCUGUUCACUGUUGAAGACUUGGACCAGGGCGUGAACAUGAGUACUUUCGAAAGUUUAGCUUCGCCAGGCUUUUGGGUCGCAACUUGGAGCCGCCACUGGUUUCAAGUCCGCCGGGCACACCUCGAAAAGACGAGGGCGCCAUACCCCAGGAUCCCAGCGAAUCCGAGCCAUUGGAAGCCAGAGAGAUCUCCGAGUCCGAAGAUUGGGCGGCCGAGUUCUGAGCACGCAACGUGUGGAACCCGCGGAACCCGUGGAACCACGACGGGUGUGUCCCGACGUGGAAUCCUCGUGGUCCAAGGGGUGGUCUUGCUGCACUGA